CGCUUGGUUAGGAAACGGUCUUGUUGUCACACACAGGCUAACGUUAGUUUCAGGGGAUAUCUGCAGCUCUCUGUGCCCAGACCAGAUUACUUCAUCAUCAACAACAACAACAACAACAACAACAAAAGCAGCCAUGACAUCUAAAGGUGCAAAGGAGACCAUCGUCUCCAGGUUGGGUUUCAAGUCCAGCAGCUCUACCUCCAAGGUUGAGGCGGAGCUGGACAAAGUCAGGAAGGAGAACGCUCACCUCAGGAAAAAGAUUGAUGAGCUGGCCAAACGACACAUCAAACCACCCGACUCGGACAAAAGCAAGCUGCUGGAGAGGAUACUUUCCCUUGAGACGCUGCGAGAGAGAAACAAUCAGCAGCUGCUUGUUAAAGAGCAGGAACUGGAAACCCUGAGACAGCAGCUGACAGCUAGAGGAGGAGAGGUGGUGGCGUCGCUGCAGGCCCAGCUGGAGCACCGGAGGAAGGAGGCUGAGCAGAGAGACACGUUGUUCCAGAACUUGUCACAGGAGACCGAGAACCUGAAAAACCAGCUGGUCACUGUUUCUACCCGGUGCCAGUCGCUGGAAACACAGGCGGUGAAUGGACAGGUACCUCCUGCAGACUUGGCUUUGGUACAAGAUCAACUGAGAGACGCUCUUGAGAAGAACCAGCAGUGGCUAAUGUACGAUCAGCAGAGGGAGGCCUACGUCCAGUCCGUCCUUGCCCGCACACUGGAGCUGGAGCAGCAACUGGCCCAGGCGAAGCAGCAACAAACCAAACAUGAGGCCAGUUCAGAUGCUCCUGCCAACUCAGCCGCUCCAGGAAAGGAGGUUCAACUGAAGUGCCACUAUGACCAGUUGCUGUUGGGGGUACAGAAAGACUUGGAGAGCCAGAAAGAUCAGGCCACCAGAGCUCAACAGGAGCUCAGUGUGCAGAAGGAACAGACCUUAAACGCUCAGGCUGAGCUAAAAUCUCAGAAGGAGCAGGUCAACAGGCUCCAGGAGGAGAUGUCGGCACUGCAGAGGAGCUAUGAGGACAAGUGCGGCGAGCUGUCAUCUUUUCUGAGGAAGUACAAAGAGAGGAGCCACGAGCUGGAGGAGGCCAAGAUGCAGCUCCAGGCGGAGCGACACAGCAACAGGCAUGAAGUGUGUGAGGAGAGAAAGGUGUCGUCUGAGCGAGCAGACAGGAUGAGAGUGGAACUGGAGAGUAUGGACAUCAGAUUGGAGGAGGAGAGGAAGAGAUCUGCUGAACUUCUACUGCAGGUAAAUAUGCUGCAGAAGUCUCUUCUGAGCCAAAAUGAAGAACAGAGGAGAAUCGCAGCACUGGAGCAACAGAAUAAAAAGUUCUGUGACUUUGUGGAUAAACAGACUGGAUACAAGACUAAAUGCAUGCUCACGUUCCCUCUGGUGGCUGACAAAGAGUGCAUUGGAGUCGCCAUUGCACUAAACAAAAUAGGAGCUGAUGCGUUCUCCCCAGAGGAUGAGACGCUCUUCCACAAGUACAUGAACUUUGCUCAAGUCCUCGCCCUGCAGCAUCACACAGCCUACAUGUUCAAUGUGGAGUCGAGAAGGAGUCAGGUGCUGCUCUGGUCGGCCAGUAAAGUGUUUGAGGAGUUGACAGACAUUGAGAGACAGUUCCACAAAGCCCUCUAUACUGUAAGGACCUAUCUACUAUGUGAGCGAUACUCAGUGGGUCUGUUGGACAUGACCAAAGAGAAGGAAUUCUAUGAUGAAUGGCCAGUGAAACUGGGAGAUGUGGAACCCUAUAAAGGACCAAAAACGCCAGACGGCAGGGAGGUCAUCUUCUACAAGAUCAUUGACUACCUCCUGGAAGGCAAAGAAGAAAUCAAAGUCAUACCUGGUCCACCUGCAGAUCACUGGGCUCUGGUUAGCGGGCUACCGACCUAUGUUGCAGAAAACGGCUUUAUUUGCAACAUGAUGAACGUGGCUGCAGAUGAUUUCUUCACUUUCCAGAAAGAGUCUGUGGAUGAUACAGGUUUUGUCAUCAAGAAUGUGUUGUCGCUGCCCAUUGUCAACAAGAAGGAAGAAAUUGUGGGCAUUGCCACUUUCUUCAAUAGGAAAGAUGGCAGGCCAUUUGAUGAGCAUGAUGAACAGAUCACUGAGGCCCUGACACAGUUCUUGGGUUGGUCGGUGCUGGUCUGCGACACCUACGACAGGCUGAACCGCAUGGAGUGGAGGAAAGACAUUGCUCAGGAGAUGCUCAUGUACCAGACCAGAUGCACCAAAGAUGAGAUGCAGUCCAUUCUGAACACCAAAGAGAAGUUUGACGCGGAGCCUGAAGACUGCGACCCGAAAGACCUGUACAAACUAUUGAAAGGAACCUGCCCGCCAGCUGACAAUGUCAACGGAGAGAAUCUGUACUCGUUCGGCUUCAGCGACUUCCCUGUUUCAGAGUUCAACCUCAUCAAAGCCGGCAUUCGCAUGUUCUUUGAGCUCGGAGUGGUUGAGAAGUUUAAAGUUCCCGCAGAGACAUUGACCAAAUGGAUGUACACAGUGAGGAAGGGCUACCGUGACAUCACCUACCACAACUGGAGGCACGGCUUCAACGUAGGCCACACCAUGUUCUGCCUGCUGCAGACAGGGAGGCUGAGGAAGUACUACUCUGAUCUAGAUGCCUUCGCAAUGGUGGCAGCCGCUUUCUGCCACGAUAUCGACCACAGAGGGACCAACAACCUCUACCAGACAAAGAGUGCAUCUCCUUUGGCUAAACUUCAUGGCUCCUCAAUCAUGGAGCGGCACCAUUUGGAGUACAGCAAGACGCUCAUGGCUGAGGAGAGCCUGAACAUCUUCUGCAACCUCCAGAAGCGCCAGUUUGAGAAUGUGCAGCACUUGUUUGACGUGUGCAUCAUCGCCACUGAUCUGGCCCUUUACUUCAAAAAAAGAACUAUGUUCCAAAACAUUGUGAAUGCCACUGAGCCAAUGCCAGAUGAAAAGGAGGCCAUUGCCUACAUCUCCAACAACUCCACCAGGAAGGAAAUCGUCAUGGCCAUGAUGAUGACAGGUUGUGACUUGUCUGCUAUCACCAAACCCUGGGAAGUACAGAGCAAGGUGGCUCUGAUGGUUGCUGCUGAAUUCUGGGAACAAGGAGAUUUGGAGAGAAGUGUUUUGGACCAACAACCAAUUCCCAUGAUGGACAGAAACUGUGCCGAACAGCUACCCAAGAUGCAGUGUGGUUUCAUCGACUUUGUGUGCUCCUUUGUAUACAAGGAGUUUUCCCGGUUCCACAAAGAGAUCACGCCCAUGUUUGAUGGUCUGAACAACAACAGGGCACACUGGAAUGAGCGAGCCGAAGUAUACAAUGCAAAGAUGAAGGCCAUUGAGGAUGAGAAGAAGAAACUGGAAGAAGAGGAAGCCAAGAAAGCUGGUGGAGGAGGCGACGGGAAGUCAAAGACCUGCACCAUCUGCUAAGUUCUUCCAGGGCUUCUUGAUCUGGACUAAUGCGGUCUGGUUAGGCCUAAUCUAGGCUACGCUGACAACUAGUCUAGUUGGAGCUUGACUAGGCUAGCUUGGUCUGGUCUGAUCUACACCAGCCUAGUUCUCUCUGGUUAGGUGCUGUCCGCUCUGAUGCUGUCCAGUCCAGCCCUGUUUGGUCUGACCUGGUUCAGUCUAGCCUAACUUUAGUCUAGUGUAGUCAGGUGUGGUCUGCGGUCCAGCCUAACUACCCUCCAAGGAGGGAAGAGUCAGAAACAUCACCAAGAAGUAAUGUUGGGACUCUGACUGCAACGGAGAAGCCGUUUGACUCUGAAGAUGUGAUGUGUUUGAAACUUCCUCCGCCAUGAACAAUCAAAAACCAACACGGACGACAUAUAUUUCCCUUUAACAUAGCAAUAAUCUAUAUAUUUCUGUCAUGUAUGGUUUGACACCAUGGUUGGAUAUGCUCAAAAGUUGUAAGCAAAUUUUCCAAGUCAAGCUAAAGUACAGAUACAAACUCUUUAGUAUGAAUAGCCCAGAUAGGGUACUGUAGGUUGCACAAUGCACUUAGCUGCUGCUGUUUUGGCAGCAGCAGGCCAUGAAGGGAGGGCAGGCAGGCACAAUAAUAUAAUAAUAUUGGUUUUUUUUGUUUUUUUUUAGUCAACAGUUAAAGUAGCAUGAGUUGUGGAAUGAAUUCCUUGAACACAAGAGCAGGAAACUGCAAUCUGAAGGAUCUGUUAAUGCUGCGUUACAAACCUUGAAGCUCAGAUACUAUAGCGCUCAUUCGAACAAGGGCUGAUGUUCUUUUACCUCAAAAAGGCGCCGGUGAGUUGUGUAAGGGUGUAUUUCUUUUAAUAUGCAAUCUAACUAUAUACAUAUAUUUUUUUGGAUUCUUUGUCUGAGAAUUUUGUACUUGAACUGUCUUCACGGAUGGAGAGUUUGAGGCGAGCUUUGAGAGAGGGCGUUGUGAAUCUAGAAAAUGUGAAAACUUUAUUGUCAGCUUUGAAAAACACUUGUAAGCUGUUAUCUUUAUGUCCAAUGACCUGGAAAAAAUGUAUUGAAAAAGGUAAUAUACAUAAUAUUUACGCCAGUGUUUAGAGCAAAAUUCAAUUCAAAAAACGAUAACUUCUUUUAAAUGUGCAUGAUUUCACAUGUAUAUAGUUUAUUACAUAGAAACUGUAAAAUGUAAAUUGUGUAAACUUAAGAAUAAAUUAAGCAUAAAACUGAUUUGAAGGAUGUAAAGUGAAAGCAACCUUUGUUUCUUCUAAGGAGGCAAGAGUCGGAGUCAAACAGGGCACGGUAGAUCUACCUCCCUUGUAAGAAGAUUUGAUGGGAUUUGAUUUGAUUGCCAGCCAGCCUUUGAGAUCCACACAGCUUUAGACUUUAAAAACCCUUCUUACAGAGAAGGUAAAGCAGGCUACCUAAACCUUAUUUGUAUGUACAGACGACUUGUGUUUAAAAUGGGCAGAUGGAACUAUAGCAUCAAUGAUUGUACGACGGUACAGACUUCGUUCUUCACCGAUGUCAUUCUUCACACAACGCCUCUCCAUAUAAACCUGAAAUGAACUUGAUUUGGUCAGGCAUCUAAGUUGACAGCGCAACCCCUGUGAACUUUCUGAAACACUUUUAGCAGUGUCCCUCCCGGGUGCAGAGGCAAGCCCUCAACUUCCUGUUACACAAUGGCAUCUCCUCUAAUCAACAGGGCAUCAAUCAAAGGCACUUAAUCCUAUCAGAAUGGCUUUGGGACUACCUGGAAACUUAUUUUCUGCUGCUUGAGGUGAAGCAAGGAGCCGUUGUGAUUACUGGAGCCAACACUGUGCUAAAAACUUUUACUGAAUGAACCCCUGAGUGAUAUGUUUUAAUGAUUUAACCAUGAAAUUACCUCAUUAUUGCUGCUGCACACAUUUUAUAUGGAUGGUUACACCACCGGUUUUGUCUCCAGUCAUAAAAAAAUGGCUCCUUGCUUUUCCUUCAAAGAUCCUUUUUGAGAUACCAAAUAAUGCACUGUAUACUUUCUCCUUAUCCCAUCAGCUGUCAUUCAGAUAAUAGAAAUCAUUUGAAGUAUGAAAUUACCACUACUGUAUGUAUGUGUCAUGAGAUGUAAU